CUUUCUGGCUCUUUUCUCUCUCUUGGUCUUGGCAGCGAGGCCACAGUAGCAGAAGCAACGGUGGCGGCGGCAGCCGCAGUCCCGCCAGCCGGCUGAAGCUGCCGGCGGCUUGGCAGUGGGGAGUGGAGAGUCAUACACACAGGGGAGGUGGAGGGGCCGAGGUGCAGCUCGGAUGGGACAGACCCCAGCCCCGGAGAGAUGCAGCGCCCAACUUGAUGCCAGCCUCCAGCUUCUCCGGCCUCAGGGAAUGGACGCAGCCAUCACUCCAAAGCAAGCCUGGCUCCCCUGGUCCCCACUCCUUUUCCUGCUCCUCCUACCUGGAGGGAGCAUCAGUAGCUGCCCUACUGUGUGUGACUGCACCUCCCAGACCCGGGCAGUCCUCUGUGCCCAUAGGCGACUGGACGCUGUCCCUGGAGGGCUUCCUUUGGACACAGAGCUCCUGGACCUGAGUGGGAACCGCCUGUGGGGGCUUCAGCGGGGAAUGCUCUCCCGACUGGGUCAGCUCCAAGAACUGGACCUCAGUUACAACCAGCUCUCCACCCUUGAGCCUGGGGCCUUCCAUGGCUUACAAAGUCUACUCACUCUGAGGCUCCAGGGCAAUCGACUGAGAAUUGUGGGCCCUGGGAUCUUCUCAGGCCUAGCUGCUCUCACACUGCUGGAUCUCCGCCUCAAUCAGAUUGUCCUCUUCCUAGAUGGGGCUUUUGCUGAGCUAGGCGGCCUCCAUCAGCUGGAGGUUGGAGACAAUCACCUGGUGUUUGUGGCUCCUGGGGCCUUCGCAGGGCUGGCCAAAUUAAGUGCCCUCACCCUGGAACGCUGUAACCUCAGCACGGUGCCUGGCCUAGCCCUUGCCCAGCUCCCAGAGCUAGUGGUUCUUAGGCUUCGAGAACUAGAUAUUGAGAGGCUGCCGGCUGGGGCACUUCGAGGGCUCCGGCAGUUAAAGGAGCUGGAGAUCCACCACUGGCCAUCUCUGGAGGCCUUGGACCCAGGGAGCCUGCUUGGGCUCAAUCUGAGCACCCUGGCCAUCACCCGCUGCAAUCUGAGCUCAGUGCCCUUCCAAGCACUGUACCACCUGAGCUUCCUCAGGGUCUUGGAUCUGUCUCAGAAUCCUAUCUCAGCCAUCCCGGCUCGAAGGCUUAGUCCCCUGGUUCGGCUCCAGGAGCUCAGGCUGUCAGGGGCCUGUCUCACUUCUAUCGCUGCCCAUGCCUUCCACGGCCUGACUGCCUUCCACUUGCUGGACGUAGCAGACAAUGCUCUUCAGACUCUAGAGGAAACAGCCUUUCCUUCUCCUGAUAAACUGGUCACCCUGAGGCUGUCUGGUAACCCCCUAACCUGUGACUGCCGCCUCCUCUGGCUGCUCCGCCUCCGCCGCCACCUGGACUUUGGCAAGUCCCCCCCUGCUUGUGCUGGCCCCCAGCACGUCCAAGGGAAGAGCCUAAGGGAGUUUUCAGACAUCCUGCCUCCAGGCCACUUCACCUGUAAACCAGCCCUGAUCAGGAAGUCAGGGCCUCGGUGGGUCAUUGCGGAGGAGGGAGGGCAGGCUGUUUUCUCCUGCUCUGGAGAUGGAGAUCCAGCCCCCACUGUCUCCUGGAUGAGGCCUCAGGGAGCUUGGCUGGGAAGGGCUGGGAGAGUAAGGGUCCUAGAGGAUGGCACACUGGAGAUUCGCUCGGUGCAGCUGCGGGACAAGGGGGCCUAUGUCUGUGUAGUCAGCAAUGUCGCUGGGAAUGACUCCCUGAGGACCUGGCUGGAAGUUAUCCAAGUUGAGCCACCAAAUGGUACUCUCUCUGACCCCAACAUCACCAUGCCAGGGAUCCCAGAGCCUUUCUUUCUGGACAGCAGGGGUGUGGCUAUGGUGCUAGCAGUGGGGUUUCUCCCCUUCCUCACCUCAGUGACCCUCUGCUUCGGUCUGAUCGCUCUUUGGAGUAAGGGCAAGGGCCGGGUCAAGCAUCACAUGGCUUUUGAUUUUGUGGCACCUCGGCCCUCUGGGGAUAAGAACUCUGGAGGUAACCGGGUCACUGCCAAGCUGUUCUGAUCUUUUCUCCCAUGCUGAAGACUACCCAAGUCCACUUUGGAAGCCAAAGGAGAGGGAGGACUACAGUCUCUUGAACCGCAGCUUCAUGUCAAACAACACAGCCUCCCACAGUUGUCACUUGCAUUCUGAAAGCUGCUCUAGUUUGAAGACACACUGUCACCUCUUGCUGAGGGCCCCAGAGAGCUGUCGAUACAGACCUUAUCACAAAGACAACCCUCACUUGGCACCCCCACACCAGACAGGAAAGAAAUGCAGGGCUCCAGUCUGCUCUUUGCACAUGUAUCCUUUAAUAUUCAGGACCAGGUGCCAAACACAACCCUAAGAUGAUUUCAGAAGCGCCACGAGCUUCUUAGAGUCCGCUCAUCUGGCAGGCAUUCUCCCUUUCUUUCCUGCUACCCAGUGCCAAAUCCAGCCAGCACCCCUGGGUGCAAGAAGGAACUAAAGUGAAGGAUUCAGAGGGUACCUGGGAGUGUGGCCUGACUACACUCUGGCACUCUGCCGGCAGGAGCCUCUACCACCUUCCUGACUGUCAAAAGCCACCACAGUGACAGCGAGAAUGAAUCAUGAUCUCAGGAACUGUAUUUACUUCUUUCCCUUCCUCCCAUUUCAGCUAUUGAUCAUCCAGCCUCCGCUUUCCCAUUUACUCUUCUUUCUAGGGCCAAAGAAGACAAGAUUCCCCCACCUUUGAAGGGAUCCCUAUACAGAAGUCUCCUAUUCCACAUCUUCAGUGUUCCAGUGUUACAGAUCCCAAGCGUGCUUGGCAAGGGGAAAGCCAGAGGGAAACUCCUAGAGAAAAGGCUGACAAACACAAGAGUGUGCGGCUGGGCAAGGAUGGGGCUCUGUUAGCCGCAGUGAGAAGUAGAGGGAAGAGGUCAGCAGCUGUCUGGACGCUCACACCAGCCUCAGACCCCGCCCCCAUCUGGAUUUAGUGUGGCCCCAGUGGGAAGCUGUCCCUGGAUAAAAGUCACCUCAAAGAGGGAGAGGAGAGAGAGGUAGAAUUCUGACUGCUACAGUGCGCUUCCAACAGAGGGCGGAGUAGAGCCCCAAAGCACAAAGAUGCUGGGAGCUCUAGACAGUGACAGCAUCAGCAUCAGAAGGGGAGGAGGAAAGGGGGGCAGGGAGGACAGGAGGAGGGGUCCUGCAGCCCCAGGAUGCGUUCUUCUCUUGGCUGCAGCAUCUACCCAGUAUCCUUAGUUUCCUUCCUCCUUGCUGAGUCCCUGCCCACCUCACACCAUGAGCUUUCUAGUGGCUGCUGUUGCCUUGCUAGGAGGAGACUCCACUCGCUGCAAACUUCCUAGUUCAAACUGUCCCUGACAGGUGAGCGCAGCUGGUGGCACUGAGGGGACACGUGGGAGCACCAGAAGUGCUGUAAGAGUUUAGGUGUUUAUAGAGCAAGGCUUGAGAAAGGUAACCCUGAGACCCCAAGCCCCUCCCUGCCCUCACAGCCCAAAGAGCAUUUUGGCAACCUCCUCUCCCUCAUCUUCCACCCGCAGCUUUAUUAGGUUGCGACCUGGGAGAUGCCGGUGGGUUGCUCCCCACUAACCCAAUUCUAAGAUUUAUCUUUUUUAUUUUAUGUGUGUGUAUGAGUGCCUGCCUGUAUGUAUGUGUACCAUAUGUGUACGUGGUGCCCACAGAAGCCAGAAGAGGACAUUAGAUCCCUGGGACUGGGGUUUCAUGUGGCUGUGAGCCAUCAUCCGGGUACUGGGAACCAAACCCAGGUCUUCUACAAGAGCAGCAAGUGCCCUUAACCACUGAACAUCUCUCCAGCUUCCCUCCCAACUCUGCACACCCCCAGCCCCCUUUUAAGACAAAGUCUUAUUGGCUGAAUUGAUAUGUAGACCAGAUUGACUUUAAACUCACAGAGGCCUGCCUCUGCCUCAAAAGCACUGAUAUUAAAGGCGUGUGACACCAUGCCCACCCCACCUACACCCCAAUUCUUAUUCUUUUAUUUUAAAACAAUCUUUUCUCAUUUUACAUAGCAAUCGUAGUUUCCACUCUCUCCCCUCCUCCUGUUUUCCCCCCUUCCCCCCACCCCCAUCCACUCCUCACAGAAGGUAAGGCUUCCCAUGGGGAGUCAACGAAGUCUGACACACCAAUCCUUAUUCUUGCAUAGCUUUCCCAGGAAGCCUUGCAGAAGUGAAGCCCAUUCAUUUAAGGUCACUGUGCUGAACACUUUCAUAGUUCUGGGAAUCUGCAAGUCAGUGCUUUAUCUGACCUGUGCUGGAGAGGGUGCUCUUAGCUCACUUGUGAUCACACAGGUUAUGGUGUGUGUGUGUGUGUGUGUGUGUGUGUGUGUGUGUGUGUGUGUGUGUGUGUGUGUGUGUAAGCCUAAACCAAGCCUAAAGAUAAAUUAGAUUAAGUUGUUCAAGUGCACAGAGCUAGUACUGGAACUCAGAAGUGACUGACACAGAGCCUGCCAUUUCUACUAAACCACAUAGUCACUGUUAAGCUCUUGUAGCAGACUCUUCUCUGAGCCCCUCAGUUGUAUGGCACAAAGUUGUGAGAAAAGGGACAUUUUCUAUCCUAUGCACUCAUUAUUAAGGGGAUCUGAGUCCAGCUGUUGAUGCUGGCUUCUCUUCUAUAACUGAUGUGCUUGACUCGGGACACUGUUUUUCCCUUUCUUCUUCCUGUCUCCUUAGUAGUCUGCCUCAAGGGCUUCAGAAAGGACCAGAAAUUCCACGCACCAGACAGAUGGAAAGGGAAUGCCUGUGUCUCCCAGAAAAUAAUUGUAUCAUGAUUAAAACAUGGAUAUUUCAGGGGUCCUAACUUCAGAACCUUCUUAUUUAAAGAAAGGCUUCCAGUACGGUAGAACAAGCAGGUCAUUUGACUCCACUCGCAAUGCCCAGGUUUUGCCUACACCCUCUGGAAGGACCUUCUUUCUGUUUUGAAAGAGCAUCAAAGCUUCUAGGCUGAGAGAACUACAAACCCAAAGCCCUCUGGACCAUUCCGGCACUCUCCCAUAUCAGUCCCUGGUAGAUUGUUUCCUCUAAAUUCCCUGACUUCUGGGUUUCCUGGGCUAUGCUGGAUUCUAUUCAAGGAUGAAGAACCUGCAAAGCAACACCUUUACCUUUGAGUCAGACUUCUCUUGAGACUGUGUGGUAUAAGUUAUGAUGGAAAAUGUUGCUCAUUAUCCAGUCACCCAAAGUCAUCACAGACCCCAUGGAGUGCAGGUUAAGGUCUUGGGGUCUUGGAAGUAAAGCAGGAGUAAAGCUGAGGUUCAGGCGGCCUUUGCUCCCCGCCCCCUCCCGCCCAUCCACUAAAAACAAAGAUAAAGGGUUAUAGUGCAGCAGAAAUGCUACAGCAGGUGCUAUGGCAGUCUCUGUGCCCUUCCCCUGUCUCAGGGACAGGUGGGGCUUCUGGGUGGGACUCCUGGUCUAAGAAGAAACAUACAGAUAACUCAGACUGGACAAUAUCUCAGAACAGCAGUCCACAAAUCCUGUUCCUUCAGCCGAGAAGGAAGCCUUUAGAGUGUAGUGAUAGAGGAGGCUGAGACACCUCAUCAAUCUGUUAUAAAGACAGGACAGUAGAGCAGGCAUAAAUGACACAAGGAAGCCUCCUGGUACCCAUUACUGGUUUCUGGCAGAGAUUUGAUUGAUGAGGGAGGAAGCUGUAACUCCCACAGCGGGGGCAAAAGGAGAGAUAAAUGCUGCUUUUCAAAGGCUUACACAACACAGUAGUAGUUGAAAGGACCAUUCACACGUGGCUGUGGAAGGGAACACUGACCCAGAACUCAGAAGCCAGGCUACCUUCGUGAACCCCAUGCUAUCCAAAUUUGGCUUUUUUUUUAAUACAUGUCACUGUGUGGGCAUGUACAUUCAAGUGCAAGGACCCACAGGAGCCAGAGGCGGUGGAUUGCCUGAAUCCGGGGUUACAGAAGGUUGUGAGUGGCCCGGGAACGGUGCUGGGAACUUCUCCAGAAGAGCAGUGUGGACUCAACCGAGCCAGCCCUCAACCCCUAACGCCAGCUUUCAAAUGCCUGUCCACCAAAGCCCAGGCUGCCCAGAUGCUAACUCACUUUUCCUGCAGUCUCCUGAAGCCUGUUCAGAAGCCGUUCAAGGAAAGAGAAGCUUUUUUAAAAGAGCUAGCAAGUACAGAAAUCACAAUCUGUCCAAUCCAGCACCUCACAACUUCAAUCCUGAUUUGUGUUCCUGAGGGAAAUGAGGUGACUAAUCCAAAAGUCAGUGACUUGGGAGUGAGUUUGAAACCAUUUCACUUAUUCCUUCUUCUCUCCCAACUCCCUACCCAGACAGUGAGACAGGAACCCUUUGAGGAGCAGUAACCCCUGAAUUUUUAAUACCCUGAUUAAGGAGUCCCUCCAGGGCUGCUGAGAUAGCUCAGCAGGGAAAGACUGAUGUGACCUGGGUUCAAUCUGCGGAACCCACAAGAUGGAAGGAGGGAACAGAUUCCCACAAGUUGAUCUCUAACACAUGCAGUAGCAUGAGCAUGACCACACUUACACACACACAUUACUAAAUAAAUUUAAAAACAUGUUAA